GUUCUCUUCCCCACAUGUCUCUCACAAAAGAUGCCGACUCGUUCAAACGCGCCCUCCAUCGUCAAGAUUACACUUCAUGGCAUUCGCAACCUGCACCACUCAACUCCUCUUCCUCUGCCAGUGCCUCUGUUUCUACACCUGCACCCGCGCCUACAACUGCAGAAUCAACGUCCACGCCUAGUACGAAGAAGAAACGGCCAAAGACCAAUAUCGUAUACUCACAGCCGGCGGAUACGGGGACGGGGACGAAUGUGAAUACGCAACUUGUGUAUGCUAUUGAUCAUCUCAAGUCGACGCAUAAUCCCAUGCGUCUUCAAGAUAUUGCAAUCGUAACGAAUACGCCGCUGGAAACUGAUGCAGUCUUACUCGAAAAAUUCAAGUCGCAUGAUAAGAUUAUUUGGGAUUCAAAGACAGAUUUAUAUUCAUAUCGUCAUGAAUUUAGCUUUCGAAACAAAGUAGCGCUCCUGACAGAGAUCCAGCGACAGACGAGGAAAGGCGGCGGGAUACCUGUGCGUGCGCUCAAGGAGUCUUGGAAAGAGGCGCCACAGGCUAUUGAGGAGCUGGAGAAGGAGGGAGAGGUGCUUGUUACGAGGACUGUGAAAGAUGGUCAGUUGCGGAUGGUAUUUUGGAAUGAGAUCAAGCCGGAUGAUGAGAGUGGGGGGAAACAUGUUGAGAAAGAAUUCUUUGAUUUGUGGCAUUCGCUGAAGGUGCCUAAUGAUGUUGAUUUAUUGAAGGCGCUGCAUGCUGAGGGGCUUCAAGCUACUGCGGAAGAGACGCCGAUCCCGAAAGCGCCAUCGAAUAUGAAGAAGAAGGGAAAGCGCUCGGCACCGCGACAGAGACAAGCGAAGAUUACGAAUACGCAUUUGAAGGGAGAGAUCGACCUUUCGAAAGAUUACGAGAGGAAAUGAUAUGCGUUUUCUUUAUGUUUCUGGACAUCUUCCUCCUCUUUACCGUGUCAUGGGCGGGCGGGCAUAUGUCUCGUUCGAGGCAGUAUCCAACAUUGAUUUAUUGAAUACAGUUUUUAGUUGUACUGCAGCUGCAGUUGCGCGGUUUCGAACCGAAAUCGGUAUUUCUUUGCAACAACUGUAGCUGCGUCAGCGCUCAGCCACACUCCGCAGCUCUCCCUUUGAAGAAUCAUUGAGGCAGUUAUGUUUCCAUCCCAACACCUAUCGUCCUUUUGUAGAAGGGACAGUGUUUUCAGUGACUGAAUUCAUCCGUUUGAUGAAA